AUGGUAAAGAUGGCAGGAAAUACUGCAGCUAAAACUUUGGUUAUAGGGCUUGCAGGUUUAUACGCAGUUAAGGUUAUUGCAGACCAACAACCACCGAAAACUAAUGUUGCACAUGUCCAAGAAAGAAUCACACAUGCUCCAGGAGCAGGCUUAAACGUUGGUCAGCAUCCCCUACAAGAGGUACAUGACACGAGUGACCAAUCAUUAUCCAAUUUGAAAAAGUACAUUCAAUUAUCUGGUGACGAGGCGUCACAGCGGGCUAUGUCGAUCUACGACGAGGCAUACAGCAAAGUCUUGGAUGCGAAGAAAAAGCUAGAUGACGCUUCCAGUUCGGGCUCAAACAAGUUUUGGGCAGAUGGAACAAACGAGGAAAUAUUGAAGAAGAAUUAUGAUGAGGCUUCAAAGAGACUAGCGGACUUGAAGAAAUACUUGAAUGAUUAUGUUGAUUCUGCAAACUCGGGCAUUUCCGAAAACAUCAAAAAGGGAGCAAAUGUUGCACAAGGAUAUGCGUCAGAUGCCUACAGCAAACUCGUCGGCAGUAAAGAAUCUGCAGAAGAUGUUUACAAGGGCAAUGCCGAAUAUUUCUCUGAGAAGGCUAGAGAAGCUAAGAAAGAGUGGGAUGACACUAAAUCAAGCUGGUUCAAAUGGAGAAAGGCACAAUCCAAGGAAGUUCAAGACCGUGCUGAAGCCAAGUAUAACUUCUUUAAGCAAAGAAGUGACUCCGCAAUUUCGCAAUUAACUAAAUAUUUAGAGGAAAGUGGUCAAGAUGCCAAGAAAAUUGUGGAUGAUUUCAACAAGGAGCUUCAACGUAAGGCUUCUCAAGCUGCUGAUAAAGCAUCUCAAGUCAAGGAAGAUGCAAUUUCCAAGGGAUACGAUUUGAAGGAUGCAGCUGGAAAACACGUUGAGAACGCUAAGGACUCGGUUAAGGAGAAUGCAGACACUGCCAAGUUGUAUGCCGAAGGUUACAAGGACAGAGCAGUCCAGGCUGGAUAUGAUGCAAAAGAGGCAGCUGGAAAACACGUUGAGAACGCUAAGGACUCGGUUAAGGAGAAUGCAGACACUGCCAAGUUGUAUGCCGAAGGUUACAAGGACAGAGCAGUCCAGGCUGGAUAUGAUGCAAAAGAGGCAGCUGGAAAACACGUUGAGAACGCUAAGGACUCGGUUAAGGAGAAUGCAGACACUGCCAAGUUGUAUGCCGAAGGUUACAGGGACAGAGCAGUUCAAGCAGGAUAUGAUGCAAAAGAGGCUAUUGACGAACAAGGAGAAUACAUGAAAAAGAAACUUUAUAAUGCAAAAGAUGCAGUAGCAGAUACCGCAUCGGACGUAAAAGAUAUUGUUGAUGAAAAUGGAAAAUAUAUCAAGAACAAGGCUUAUGAUGCGAAGGAUGCCGCUGCUGAGGGCGCCUCCAACGCUAAAGAAUAUGUUGGCGAAAAUGUUGAGUAUCUGCGGGAUCAAGCGGCUAAAGCUAAGGAAGACGCUAUCAAUGCGGGGUCUGACGCAAGGGGCUAUGUUGAUAGUAAGGCUUCUGACAUCAAGAGCUUUGCUCAUGAAAAUAUAGACUAUGCUAAAGAUAAGGCUUCUGAGGUUUCUGGCGACGUCAAAGAAUCUGUUGAUGAAAAUGCAAAAUAUGCAAAAAACAAAUAUGUGGAUGUUAAGGAGAGAGUUGCUCAAGCUGGAUACGACACAAACGAGAAAAUAAAAGACGAUGCUAAGUAUGUGAAAGAUUCCGUUCAAGAUGGUGCAGAAACUGCAAAAAAUUGGCUAGGUAGUGUUGGCUCUGCAACCAAGAACUUCUUUGUUGAUAAAUACAACUCUUUGUAUAACAGUUUGGGAAUUUUCCGUGCAUCGACACUUGAAAUUGCAGAGGAAGCAGCUAAGUAUUAUGAUGAGGAGGUUGCCAAGGCUAAGAAGGAGUACGAUGAAGCUCGUGGUGGCUGGUUUGGUCUCAAAAGAGCAAAGCCACAAGAAAUUCAAGAUGCUGCUCGAGAGCAUUGGGAAAUUCUUAAGGCCAAGCAGAGUGCUGCACAUCAAGAGCUACAAAGAUGGAAGAGUAACAACAAAUAA